AUGGGCGAGUCGUCACGCGAUAUGCGUGCCGAUCUGAAGUCAACCCAACAGCCUGUUUCCGAGGAGCUUUCAGCUGAUAAGGUAAAGGUCUCAGUUGAAGGCGACGCUGCGAAAGAUGUUGAUUUGCUCACCCUCGAAGACAUCCGCGACCAGAUUCGCUACGUCGAAAAGGCAGUUGCAACUAAGGAGCUUCAUUUCAUGACUCGAGUCCUUCGUGGCAUCGUUCCUAUUCGCCGAAAACUCAAUAGCAACGUACUGCGUGGUCUGAUUUACACCUACUUUACUCCCCAGUCCCAGCAAUGGAAUUACUUCAUGGAGUUUCUCCCAGAGGCAAUGGACGCUCCUCCCAAACUGAACGUCAAGCCGAAGUCACAAAAACCCGGUGCUCUUUUACCAGAAGUUGAAGUGUACCUCCAUCUGUUGCUGCUUAUUCACCUUUUGGACAGUGGGAACACUAAAGAAGCUACCAGAUGUUCUACUCUUUUGAUGGAGAGAACACAAGAAACGGGUCGCCGCACCAUGGGAGCUCUCGCCAGUCGCUGCUUCUACUACCAUAGCAGAGCUUUUGAGCUGGAUGACAGACUCGAGGAGAUUCGUCCUUUCUUGCACUCGCGCCUUCGUUCAGCAACGCUGAAAAAUAACCACGAUUGCCAAGCCGUUCUUAUUAAUCUCCUGUUGAGGAACUACCUUCACUAUAAUCUUCAUGAUCAGGCCUCAAAAUUGGUUAAUCGUGUAGAGUUUCCUGAAUCGGCUCCCAAUAAUGAAUGGGCUCGCUUCCUCUACUACUUAGGCACCUCAAGGCUGAUUUGUGGCUUCAUAAAAGCCAUCCAAUUGGAUUACAACGCAGCCCACGAUCACCUAGUCUCGGCUCACCGAAAGGCGCCACAGCAGACGGCAAGUGGAUUCAAGCAGGCUCUGCACAAAUUGAAUACGGUGGUGGAGUUACUACUGGGUGAGCUACCCGAUCGCAGCAUUUUUCGGCAAGAAGACCUCAAGGAUGCUCUCCAUCCCUAUUUCCAGCUAACUCAGGCCAUCCAUGCUGGUGAUUUGGGGCGUUUCAACCAUGUCCUUAAAACUUACGUGCAGCAGUUUAACCAUGAUAAGACCUACACUCUUAUUCUACGUCUGCGUCACAAUGUUAUCAAGACGGGGGUCCGUAGGAUCUCGCUGAGCUACUCAAAGAUUUUCCUCACAGAUGUGGCUGCGAAGCUGCAGUUGGACAGUUCAGAGGAUGCCGAGUACAUUGUUGCAAAGGCUAUUCGCGAUGGUGUUAUCGAGGCAGUAAUAAAUAGAGAACGUGGUUAUAUGAUAACAACGGAGGCGAGCGAUCUCUACUCCACACGGGAGCCGAUGGAUCAGUUCAAUCAACGAAUCCGCUUCUGUCUGGGAAUAAGAAAUCAAGCUAUCAAAGCUAUGCGCUAUCCACCCAAACAGUACAGCAAAGAUCUAGAAUCAGCAGAGGAGCGUCGUGAACGUGAGCAGCAGGAAAUGGAAAGCGCAAAGGAGCUCUCUGAGGAUGAUUUUGAUGGAUUUCCCUAA